GUGCGCAAGCUGCUGACGGAGGGCCGCUCCGUGCACGAGACCACCGAGGAGGGCGAGUCGCUGCUGUCGCUGGCCUGCUCGGCCGGCUACUACGAGCUGGCGCAGGUGCUGCUGGCCAUGCACGCCAGCGUCGAGGACCGCGGCAUCAAGGGCGACUGCACGCCGCUGAUGGAGGCGGCCAGCGCGGGCCACGUGGACAUCGUGCGCCUGCUGGUGGCGCACGGCGCCGACGUGAACGCCGUGUCGGGCUCGGGCAACACGCCGCUCAUGUACGCGUGCGCGGGCGGCCACGAGCACUGCGUGCGCGCGCUGCUCGCCAGCGGCGCGCACGUCGAGGAGCACAACGAGAACGGCCACACGCCGCUCAUGGAGGCCGCGUCAGCAGGACACGUUGGUGUUGCAAAAAUCCUCCUAGAGCAUGGCGCGGGCAUCAACACUCACUCCAACGAGUUCAAGGAGUCUGCGCUGACGUUAGCGUGCUAUAAGGGUCACCUGGACAUGGUACGCUUCCUCCUUGCGGCCGGCGCAGACCGCGAACACAAAACGGAUGAGAUGCACACUGCGCUCAUGGAGGCCAGCAUGGACGGACAUGUCGAGGUGGCCAGACUGCUACUCGACUCUGGUGCUCAGGUGAACAUGCCCACGGACAGUUUUGAGUCGCCAUUGACGCUGGCGGCGUGUGGCGGCCACGUGGAGCUGGCCAUGUUGCUGCUGGAACGAGGCGCCAAUAUUGAAGAGGUCAACGACGAGGGCUACACACCACUCAUGGAGGCGGCGAGAGAAGGUCAUGAGGAGAUGGUAGCGUUACUACUCGGACAAGGUGCGUCCAUCAACGCACAGACCGAUGAAACCCAAGAGACUGCCCUUACGCUAGCUUGCUGCGGCGGCUUCCUUGAGGUAGCCGACUUCUUGAUCAAAGCUGGUGCGGACUCAGAGCUCGGAGCCUCCACACCACUCAUGGAGGCUUCCCAGGAAGGCCACCUAGAACUAGUGCGAUACCUUCUGAGCGCGGGCGCCGACGUGCACGCACAGACGCAGACGGGCGACACGGCGCUCACGUACGCCUGCGAGAACGGACACACCGACGUGGCCGACGUGCUGCUGCGGGCCGGCGCGGCGCUGGAGCACGAGAGCGAGGGGGGCCGCACGCCGCUCAUGAAGGCGUGCCGCGCGGGCCAUCUGUGCACCGUGCAGUUCCUCGUGGGCAAGGGUGCCGAUGUUGACCGCAUGACGGCGAGCGGGGAUCACACGCCGCUGUCGCUGGCGUGUGCGGGCGGCCACGCCGACGUGGCCAAGUUCCUGCUGGCGUGCGACGCUGACCCCUUCCGCAAGCUGAAGGACAACUCCAGCACGCUCAUCGAGGCGGCCAAGGGAGGGCACACGCCUGUCGUGCAGCUGCUGCUAGACUACCCGCACUCGCUCAUGUUGCCAAGAGGUGGUGUUGGUAGUGAAGAUGUAAACGGGUUGAGUCCGGCGCAGGCGGCGGCUCUUGGCCUCAGUCACACAGCCGCCCAGCCCGACUUCGCCCACCGGUUGUUGCCGCCGCUCACCCACGCGCAUCCUUCCCAGCCGCACCCAUUGACACAGGCGCAUCAACAUCAAGCUCAACCGCAUCAACAUCAAGCUCAACCGCACCAACAUCCUCAAGCUCAGCAACUCCAACACCAUCCGGGCCAGCCACAUGGACACCCUCAGCCCAAUCAACAUACCCAAACACAACCACAUCAGCACCCUCCAGCGCCCCAUCAACUGCCCCCGACCCCGCCUCACCCACACCCACAAAUCCCGUCACACCCUCAGAUCCAGCCCCACCAGCACCCCCCGCCCCCCUCCCAGCCUCUCCACCAGCCGCUGCCUCCCCCCCAACCUUACCCGCACCAGCAGGUGCAGCCACCGCCCCCGGCGCCCGCUGAACUGCCGCCCAACUUCGCCAAAGUUUACCUCGAUGGACGGAAGAAGCCAAGCGGGGCGGGCAACAAUGUGAAUGUUGUGUGCGGGACGGCGGUGAACCCAGUGAGCGGUGCGGCGCCACUCGCCACCGCCAGUGCGGCGGGCUCCACCGCACCUGCGGCCGGCUCCACCGCACCUGCGGCCGCCACGCUCGCGGGCAAACACAAGUGCGCCCGCAAGCAGCGGCCCGUGCCACACAACGACCACCACCUGCCGCCGCCGCCCGACAUCAUCGACGACCAGAGAGGAGAGACCGUCCCGACACAACAACCACGCAACGAAUCACUGCCAGAGACUGAACCGAACAUUUUCGAAUUGAGUGUUGCUACCGCUGCGUCUGCUAUGCACUCGCUGGAUCAGAAGUUUCGCAGCUUUGGCAUAGAUCCCAUCCCACCGCCGGAAAAUUAUAUCCCCAUUGAACAGCUACCCACCAACUUGGACCAGCUACAAUUGCAUGAGCUGCAGCAACUGCGGCAAUACACGGAUCAACUGAUGAAGCAUCAAUACCACCAGCACCAGCUGCAGAAACAGCAACUUUUCCAACAACGACAACAACAAGUCCAACAAGAGCAAAAACUGCAGCUGCAGCUACAGCAAAAGUUUCAACAGCAAAUUCUUAAAUUGCAGCAGUCUGUGCAGGUUUUGCAGAGGAUGCCGGAAGUCUACCCGCCGCAGACCGAUGCCGUCAGCCAGUCCGUAGAGGGGGCGCCGUGUGAGACGCAGCCGGAGGGGGCGUGUCCGGAUGCGACGGCGGGCGCCGGUGACGCGGGCUCGGUGGAGGCGCGAGAGUUGAGCGCGGUCCUAGCCUACCUGCAGCGCGAGGUGCCGUCCCUCGUCGCGCUGCCGCCCACUGAACUCAGGAGUCUCGUUCUGCAGGUGAUGCAGGCAAAGUCUCACGAGAUCAUGUCAGAUAAGUUUGGUGGGGAGGGCGAGGGAGACGAAGCGAUUGUUGAGGUGGGCGAAGAGGGCGAAGAGGGCGAGGGGGACGUCAUACGAAUGCUUGUCGCCGCGGAGGAAGCGCUCGCCGCCGACUGGACUAACGAAACACCUCAGAGCAUGGAGGGUAUGAAGGUCAUGCCGUGCACACCCCGCUGCGAAGGUGAGGGUGAGGUGGAGUCUCCUGCGGCGCAGACAGAACUCCAGCACCAUUUCGCCUUACCGCCGCUUCCGCCGCCUGCCAUCAGCUAUGACGACUACAGAUCAUCAACGUACGCGUCGCCCGGCGCGAGUCCCAUCACGGACUUGUUAAACCACAGUCGCGCGGUCGGCUUCGCUCUCGGGGUCAAGCACUCCAAAGGUCGCUCGCUGACACCUCCGCAGGCGCCGCCCGCCAGGGACCACCAGCACCAGGCAACUAACACACCCGCGCUUAAGAAGAAGGGUCGUCCCGGCGGCCGCAGCCGCUCCGAGGCCGCGCCCCCCGCGCCGGGCGCCGCCCCCGUGGCCCCGCCCCCCGCGCCCGCGCCCGCCGCCUACUCCGCCAUGGACGUGGACGCCGAGACCGACUCCAACCACGACACGGCGCUCACGCUGGCCUGCGCCGGCGGCCACGAGGACCUGGUCGAGCUGCUGCUGUCUCGCGGCGCAGACAUCGAGCACCGCGACAAGAAGGGUUUCACUCCGCUUAUCCUGGCAGCGACUGCAGGCCACGAGAAGAUCGUGGAGGUCCUUUUAAACCACGGUGCGGACAUCGAGGCGCAGUCGGAGCGCACUAAGGACACGCCCCUGUCGCUGGCGUGCAGCGGCGGCCGCUACGAGGUGGUGGAGCUGAUCCUGUCGCGCGGCGCCAACAAGGAGCACCGCAACGUGUCCGACUACACGCCGCUCUCUCUGGCCGCGUCCGGCGGCUACGUCAACAUCAUCCGAUUGCUGCUGCAGCAUCAGGCCGAAAUAAAUUCCCGAACGGGCUCGAAGCUCGGUAUAUCGCCGCUGAUGUUGGCAGCUAUGAACGGGCACACGGCAGCCGUGCGCCUGCUGCUCGACUGUGGCUCCGACAUCAACGCGCAGAUUGAGACAAACAGGAAUACCGCGCUCACGCUCGCUUGUUUUCAAGGUCGGCAUGAGGUGGUCAGCCUGCUACUCGACCGCAAGGCGAACGUGGAACACCGCGCGAAGACCGGGCUGACGCCGCUGAUGGAGGCGGCCAGCGGCGGCUACGUGGAGGUGGGCCGCGUGCUGCUGGACAAGGGCGCCGACGUGAACGCGCCGCCCGUGCCCUCGUCGCGGGACACGGCGCUCACCAUCGCCGCGGACAAGGGACACACCAAGUUCGUGGAGCUGCUGUUACAGAGGCGGGCGGCGGUCGAGGUGAAGAACAAGAAAGGCAACUCUCCGCUAUGGCUGGCAGCCAACGGCGGCCAUCUUGCCGUCGUUGAAAUGCUGUACGCGGCAGGCGCGGACAUCGACUCGCAGGACAAUAGAAAGGUGUCAUGCCUGAUGGCGGCGUUCCGCAAGGGUCACACGAAGGUGGUUAAGUGGAUGGUGGGCGUCGUCACGCAGUUCCCCUCUGAUCAGGAAAUGACAAGGUAUAUCUGCACUAUAUCGGACAAGGAAGUGCUGGAGAAAUGCCAGGAGUGCGUGCGAGUGAUCCGCGCGGCAAAAGAGACGCAGGCAGCGCGUGCUAACCAGAACGCUACCAUUCUUCUGGAAGAGCUGGAGUCCGAGCGCUGCCGGGAAGAGACACGCCGUCAGGCUGCCGCGCGCCGCCGAGAGCGGAAGAAGAAGAAGAAGAUGGAGAAGAAGGAGGAGCGCCGCAAGCUACAAGAAGAGAACGACAAGAACACAUAUUGCGAGAAGGAGCUGGAUGAGGAGGAUGGUGAUGACGCCGACGACGGCGACACGGAGCGCGAGCACGAGCCUGUCGCCAAGGAGGAGGGCGACAGUGGCAUCGACGCCAACUCGCAGGGCUCGUGUUCAUCGUCAGACGUAAAGAUACCACCUGCGACCAGUAAAAGUAAGAAAAAGAAAAGAGAAGAAAAAGAAAAAUCCUCUACUCCUGCCUCUACCAAGAAACAAACAGAUAAGCUAAAAUCUAAAGAAACAAAAGAAAGCAGUGUCAAGUGCUGCGAGAAGAAAGAAAAGGAGAACGUGGCACCGAUUUCUCCCCCCGCCACUCCCCACAAGCUACCGGAGCGACGCGCGCACGACAAAAAGGACAAAAAAGAAGAAGAUGCAAAAAGCAUCACAGUUCAGAGUUUAAAUAAAUACGGGAAUGGCUCGAGAAAGAGCCAAGUCUUUGAGUCGUCUCGUCUCACUGCUGAGAAAGAUGAUGACACCAUUGACAAAACUAAAAUUUUAUACACUCACCAAUGGGAGACGGAAAUUAAAAAUACAUCGCCCAAGAGCAUCACGGCAGCAAGCGGCGUCACUCGCCGGGAAGACGGUUGGAAGGAAGUGGUGCGCAAGUCCAGUGUGCAGCCACCAUCUGCUGUUGAACCUGGCUGCAAGAAGGUAUCGGUAGCGAGUCACGCAAUAUCGCGCGUGAUCGGUCGAGCAGGCUCCAACAUCAAUGCGAUCCGGUCGGCGACUGGCGCGCACAUCGAGGUCGACAAGCAGACCAAGGGACAAGGGGAACGAAUUAUCACCAUUAAGGGUUCAACGGAAGCGACGAAACAGGCAGCGAGCCUGAUCGCAGCCAUGAUCCGCGACCCGGAGGCCGACAUCGCGGCGCUGGUGUCGCGCGGCAAGGCCCCGCCCCCCGCGCCGCCGCCCGCGCCCGUCGGGCCCGCACCCGCCAAGCAGCCGGCGCUCAAGACCCCGAGCGCACCGAGUCGCGUCGUCGCCGCGCCACGUACGCCCGCUAAGCCGCAGCCGCGACCCGCCACUAGACCAGUGAGUACGCCCCAAGCCGAUAAGCGUCCAAGCGCUCAGAGCGUGGCAGUAGUGAGUGCCGGCACCCCGGCUGCCAAGUCUGGCGCCCUCUCGUACACGGGCGCUAUCGUGGGGGCCCGGGGCCACACGUUCGCGGCCAAGGUGACCGCCACACCGCCGGUGGACACCAAGCCAAAACCUAUCACACAGUGCACGAGCAGUCCGUCGAUGUCUGCCAGCAGUGCGACGACAGUGACGUCACCGUUAAGAUGUCGCGAGUCUCCCCCUGCUCCGUGCGUGCCGCAGCCUGCUCACGUGCCGGCACCCUCGCGGCCGCAGAUCGACGAAGAUAUGCGGGUGCCGCGUAUGCACGAUCACAUGCAGCUAAGUCCAGACAAUUCGAGUACAUGGAGUAACGAAGACAUACCGGUCAAUACAACGUCAGCGCUUCACAUAAAUACUACACCCCAGUCGUCGGGCAGCAGCAGUGCGGGUGCGCAGGAGUACUCUCUGUUCCGCGACCACCUGGGCGCCGGCCUGCCGGGCUCCUGGGCCGAGCCGCCCAACGUGGAGCUGCCGCCGCCGCAGGUGGACGCCAGCAAGGCGCCGGGCUACCGCGGCGGGCCGGCGGGCGGCUGCUCCCCGUGCUCGCGGGCCUCGUCCCACGGCUCCACGCCGCCGCCGCACCCCUUCCAGCAGACCAUGGGUAACAACAUGAAUGCAAUGGAUUUAAGCGCGUUGUCACGAAACGGACCGAUGUAUCCUGACAACUCACGAAAUGGACACAAUAUCAUGGUAUCGAUGGCCAGCGGAGUUGGUGUUAGCGGAGUGUCUGGCGUGAGCGGCGUUGGGCUGGGGUACGUGGGCAACGUGGGCAAUGUCAGCGUGGGAAACGUGGGCAUGGGCAACGUCGGAAAUGUUAGCGUGGGAAACGUCGGAAGCGUGGGAAACGUCGGCAUAGGCAACGUAGGGAGUGUUGGCGUGGGUAACGUUGAGAACGUGUCGCGCCUCAACCCGCGCGCUCCUGACUUUGCACAGCGACACCCGCUACUGCAGCAUCACCACAAGCACUCUGCACAGCAACUGUUCGCCAACGCAAGCAACGCUAGCAACUUGAGCUCGCUGCUGAUGUCCUACCAGCAGAGCAACAUGCAACAGCAACACGCACACCACUCCUACCAGUCGCUGCUGGAGCGGGGCGCGGGCGUGAGCGGUGUGGGUGCAGGCGUAAGCGGCGUGGGUGCGGGCACCAGCGGCAUGGCGUGGGGCGACGACGAGGAGCGCAAGCCGCGCCCCAUCGGCACGGAGCGAGCGUGGAAGAUGAACGCGGCCGACGACUGGCACCUGCGGACCGACCACGACAGAUAUCAGACGGGUGUGGGCAACGUGGGCAUGAGCGCGGAAGGCUACGGUGCGGGCGGCGCCACGGCCACGGCACUGUCGCUGAUGCACGCGCUGCCCAUGCAGUACCUGCAGCACCUGCCGCUGUCGGAGCAGCAGCAGUGGGAGCAGCAGCAACACCACAAUGACAAACAGCAAACCUGGAACAAGUGGAGCCAAUAGAGGCGGAUCACCUCCGCGGCGACGAAAACGAACGUUUAACCUUGGAGUCGGUGUAGAUAUUAGCGACAAAGUUAUAUAUAUACAGAGGAUUAUCUAUAUAGACGGAAAGUUGUCCAUACAUUUCACACACGCCUAAAGUCUGUAUGAAGGAGAAGCGUUGUCCCUCUCUCGCCUCCGCCGGACGUGCCGCCUCCCGCCGGGACGGAGAGGGACAUAUAUUUAGACAAAUUAUAAUUGUAAUGCGUUCCUCAUAAGAAUAGGCCGGACCUGAUCGCCGCCGUCGGACCCUUAGUGUCUGCCGUAUGUGGAUAUAAUAAAGGCGAUAUAACAAACAUAAGUGGGCGGGAACGGCACUGGGAGCAGGCCCCGCCUAUUGUUAGCGGAGCGCACGGUAUAUAGUUGUUACGCCGGCCGCGGCCCCACGCGAUGUAGAUACGUAGCUAGCUUGGAAUGUGAUUCCGGAGCGGCCGUGUUGUGUUGUGUUGCCGCGCCACUUUACUAUGUUUUACACUAUAUUAUGGCAUAAUAAGAUAUUAUUCGGACGAGCGAACGCCCGAUGCGCCCCCAAUGUGUAUUAAUACAUUUGCUUGUACAUGAAGAUUAAAUAUCAUUUAUUGA